AUGCUAGAGCCCUCGGUGACCGAGUCCGACUUCAUGGUCUCGUGUCUGACCGACGGCAUACGACCCGACGGACGAUCCUUCCUCUCCACCCGUGACAUCGACAUCAGCUUCGGCGAAGAGCUCGGCAAUUGCACCGUCACCAUCAAAGGAACUCGCGUUUCCACUUCUGUUCGCGCAACCCUCAUGCCACCACGCUCAGAUCGACCCUACGAAGGCUUUCUCCAAAUCACAACAGACAUCUCACCAAUGGCGGGUAUUGAAUACGAUUCCACCGGAGGAGGAGCCAACUCCUCGGCUCGAGCUAGGGAAGUGCUGUUUGAUCGAUUGAUCGAGAAGGCCGUCAGGAGGACCGAAGCGGUCGACAGGGAAGCGCUGUGUGUAGUGGCGGGCGAGCAGGUGUGGAACGUUCAUCUGACAGUGCAUCUCCUGUCGGAUACGGGCGCAGCACUCGACGCAGCAGUCUUGUGCUCCAUGUUGUCCUUACGACAUUUCAGACGUCCAGACUACUCGAUCGAAAACGGAAAUCAAGUUCGUCUCUACUCGAUCGACGAACGAGUCCCCAUCCCAUUGGCUAUCCAUCACACUCCCCUCUGUGUUACUUUUGCCAUCUUCAACAACCUCUCCUCCACCAGCACCGCAAAGACACAAGACGAACCCGAUUCGCAUCUCAUCGAUCCAACUUCCAACUCCUCCAUCCCUACAUCUUCAUCAACAACAGUAGCACUUCUCGAUCCAACACUGCUCGAAGAGUCAUUAGCCCAAUCCAAGCUGACUCUCGUCCUCAACGCACAGCGCGAAAUCUGCGUCCUGGACAAAUCAUACGGUAGCCCAGUACAAGCUACUCUCUUGCUCGAAUUGAUCCACGUCGGAUUGAGACGGAUCCAGCAGCUGACAGAACGGCUGGAACAGGCGUUGAAAGAGGACGCAGAGACAAGGGUCGUCGAGGUCAUCUAA